UCUAUCUUUUCCUAUGUGGGGAGCGCAGCGUUGGGGACUCGAACCUAGGGUUUUGCCUUCCCCACGAAAAAAACUACCGCUUCUCCGCGCCAUCUCUCUGUACAUAAAAGCAGGCAACACGAAGCGCGACUCGAUCCCGCAAUCUCCUCCUCGUUUCUUCGUCCGCCACUCUUAACCGUUUUAGACUCGAAACCAAACACCUCGUGUCCGUCUCUUUUCGCGCCCGAAUUCGGUUCUUGCCAAGCUUCUCCUACUCCCCGAACUUCUCAGCAUCUUCUCUCAGUUGUAUUUUGGCCGCACGAUGGCUUCGCACUUCCAGGCAACGACUUUAAUCGCUUCUCUUUCUUACCCGAAUUCCAUUGCAUGGUCGGAAGAGAACCUGGUGGCCAUCGCGUCGGGCCAUAUCGUCACGAUACUGAAUCCGUCGUCCCUUUAUGGACCUCGAGGGUUGAUUACAAUACAGUCAACUAGGCCAUUUCAGAUUGGAGUGGUGGAAAGAGAAGAUCUUCUUACUCCCUGUUUAAUGCCUAUCUAUUUAUCACGCGAUGUUCGUCCAUGCGCUCGAUCAAUUUCAUGGUCCCAUGCAGGACUGGCUCCUAAUUCCGGUUUAACUUCCUGCAGAUGUUUGCUUGCUGUUUGUACUUCAGAAGGCCGUGUGAAGCUUUAUCGUCCUCCGUUUUGUGAAUUUUCUCCUGAGUGGGUGGAGGUUACGGAUAUAUCUGACAUGCUGUAUGAUUAUUUCGUAAGUAUCAAUUUUGGGGAGUUUGACGUGCCUUCCAAAAAGAUCCUCCAUGGACAAUUGGUUCAAAAAAACACUAUAGAGACUGGAGUUGCCAAUAAUUUGAAGGAUUCCAUUUCAAGUAAGAGGCUUAAGCGAAGAACAAGGACGUCUAGUGGAACCAUUGAGGACACAGGAAAUGUGGGAGGGGACCUUCCACAUGGUGCAUAUGGUGUAAAUGGGAACUGCUCUCAUCAGGAUACAAAUGGUGGCUGCACAGGACCUAAUGAUAAAUUAGUUACUGUACUCCCGGAAGUAGCCACCAUUCCAUUCUCCACUUUCAAGCAGGGUUCUUCAGUUGAGGUUCUGAAACAGGAUGGUUCCCGGCGCAUCUGGAUUAGAGGCAUAUUAGAGCGCAUGGAGGCUGCAAGAGCUCUUGUAAUUUUUCCUGAAGCAACAGAUGGAGAACGAGAUGCAUGGAUUGAAUUGAACAUAGCAUCUGAUAGAAUAGAAGAUUCAAGCAGCCUCAAUGGUCUUACUAAUCACGGUCCUCACUUGUCUACUAUACGCCCUUCCAUGGAUUUGGGUAAUUUUCCAAGGCAAAUUUUGUUGGCUGAUCUUAUUGGAAGAAAGGAAAUUCUUAGCACUGGACAAGCUGUGGAAGCUUGGUUAAACAAUAGGUGGGUGGAAGGCUUUUUUAUGGGUUCUGGUGGACAUGGUCUGCUGGUAAAACUUUCGGGUGGCAGUUGCUGUAUUGCAUUAGACCCUACCACUGUUCGACUGGCACCCGUAUGGAAUAGUGCUCUGCAGUCAUGGCAGGUUACACUGGUCAAGAUUCAAGUGGAGAACUUGGAGAUAUCUGGUGUUGUUGAGAUCCAAUCUGAAAAUUCCAUGAAGAAUAAUCUGCAUCAAAGAAUCCCAGCAUCUAAAUCUGAAGGAAAACCACUCAAGAAAAGAAGGGUUGAUGGCCCUCCACUGAUAACUGCAGGGCAAUAUGCUUCUCGCAAUGCAAUGUUAUCAUCGGUGGUUGUUUCCUGGUCACCAAUAUUACAAUUGCCAUUUGAAAGUACUCUUGUUUCUCCAAGUUGCUCCAACAAUUGUGCUAUACUGGCUGUUGGAGGGAAGUCUGGUAAAAUUUCUUUAUGGAGAGUUCACGAACCCCAAUGGUACAACAUUGAGAAUGGCGAGGCUUCUGUUGACACGGUGCUCGUUGGACUCGUCGAGGCCCAUAAUUCAUGGAUCACUGCAAUUAGUUGGGGAGUACAUGCGGCAGCUCCAAGUUCCCAACUCAUCUUGGCUACUGGGAGUUCUGAUGGGAGUGUGAAGAUAUGGCGGGGAGAUGCAGGAGUUUUGAUCAGAUCUUCAGAGGUGAACUGUACUUCCUUUUCCCUAUUGAAGGAGGUGAUUACUGCUGCUUCUGUCCCAGUGUCGGCGCUUUCACUAGCUGUGCCUGUAAAUUCACCGGACAAGGUUCUUUUAGCAAUUGGGAAAGGAUCUGGAUCUUUGGAAGUUUGGAUUUGCUUUACAUCCAGCAGUGCAUUCCAAUAUGCUGGGUCUUACAAUGCACAUGAUCAAGGGGUUACAGGCCUUGCUUGGGCUUUUGAUGGAUGUUGUUUGUACAGCUGCAGCAUGGAUAAUUCUAUCCGUAGCUGGACUUUACGUGGAACUGCUCUCCAUGAAGCGCCUUUUCCUUCAAAUUCUCCUAGCCAUAAGGGCUCCUCUGAUCAUCCAAACGCAUUUGAUUCAUGCUUUGGUUUGGCACUAUCCCCUGGAAACUUGGUGGCUGCUGUGGUUCGCAAUUUUGACCCUGAACUUUUGGAUCCAAUGUAUCAGGCCAGGACCCAAAAGGCAGCUGUUGAAUUUUUCUGGACUGGUGGACUGCAGCUGGGAUCACCAUCAGACGAGCACCAAGACUGCAGUAUAGAGACUUUUCCUGGUUUAUCCCACAGCGACUUAUCCUGCUGGGAGUCUAACAUUUUGUGGUCUCUAAAGUCAUAUGACCAUGCUGGUGGGCUGCUGGUUCUUUGGGAUGUCAUCUCAGCACUAUUGGUUUUCAAGAAGUCUGCAUCGAACUAUGUGGAAGCUAUACUGUUUAAAUGGCUCUCAAGUUGGUUUUUGAGCCAUCAUCCAGGCCUUGCAACUGAGGAGAUUCUGUUUCAAGCCCCAAAUUUGUUCCCCAAGAUCGAUUCCCGCCAUCUGCACCUUCUAAACAUUAUUUGUCGACGUGUAAUGCUGUCUGAGAUGAAGGUGGAUAUACUCGACAGCAAACAGCACAAGUUGGGUGGAUUAAAUGAUGACGAACAUGCUGGACUGAAGCUAUGGAUUGAGCUGCUAAUUUGCAGUGAAAGAGAAUUGCGAGAGAGGCUUGUGGCAUUUACUUUUGCUGCUGUUUUAAGCCAUGUUUCUUGUACUGGCACAACUCUCCCUAGUGGCACAUGUUGGCUCCCAGUUGGAGUUGCACAGAUGGAACAGUGGGUCACCAGAAACCAUGACCAGCUUCAGGAUCAACUUAAAUGCCUUGGACCAGAAGUUGGAAAACUUGGCAGGAGGCUCCACUAUAUCUGUGAAUACGUGCUGGAGGAGAAAUGUAGCUUUUGUUCUGCUUCUGUCCCUUUUGAAUCUCCUGAAGUUGCUUUCUGCAAAGGUGUGGAGUGCAAUGACAAUGUUGGCCAAAGCCAUAAGCAAGCUCGUUGUUCGGUCUCCAUGAAGGUUUGCCCUACAACUCCACUGUGGUUUUGUGUAUGCUGCCAAAGGUGGGCUUCUAAACUGGCGCCUCGGGCUUUGUUUAGAAUGUCCAAAUUCCCUUUAGAUCUUAGGUCUCUAAAUGAGUCUUCUAGCUUACUUGAAUACCCAAAACCAUUGUGUCCCUUUUGCGGGGUACUACUACAAAGACUACUGCCAGAUUUUCUGCUAUCUGCAUCCCCAGUGUAAAUAUGAAUUGAACU